ACUGGACCUCCGCGCCGCAAAUCCACGUUACCUCCACGUUCCUUCCCUGCACUUUCGCUUUAGACCGCAUACGAGUCGCGCAAACUCGUGCACGUCGUCACAAUGAGUAAAAUGUGGGAGGUGGAUCCUGAGACGAGGAGCAAGUUGCUGGAGAUUCAGAAGACAAACGAGAACAACAGGUGUGUGGAUUGUAAUGCGCCGAGUCCGCAAUGGGCCUCUCCCAAACUCGGCAUUUUCAUGUGUCUCUCUUGCUCCGGCGUGCACCGCGGCCUCGGCGUCCACAUCUCCUUCAUCCGCAGCAUAACCAUGGACGCGUUCAAGGGCUCCGAGCUCGCGCGCAUGGCGGCCGGCGGCAACAAACCGUUCCAGGAGUUCUUCGAUUCGCACUCGUCCAACACGAAAGACGGGCGGAAAUUCGACACCAGCUCGAUACAGGAGCGCUACGAUUCCGAGGCGGGCGACGAGUGGAAGGAGAGGCUGAGCUGCAAGGUGGAAAACAGGGAGUUCGAUAAGAGUAAUCUGCCCAAGCGGCUGCCGAAGAAGGAGACCACAGCGUUGGGUUCGGGCGCGCCGCUGAGCGGGAGAGCAAGUGGGCCGGGCAGCAGGAGCGGGACGCCGCUCGGCAAGACGAGGAGCAACGACUCUGCGGGCGCGCUGCGUUCUGGGUCUCCGGCGCUGGGCACGAACGCCAUGGGCAACUCGCAGAAGGCGCGCAACGAGGAGUACUUCGCACGUAUGGGGUCGCAGAACGCGAACAGACCGGAGGGCGUGGCGCCGAACCAGGGAGGAAAGUACGCGGGCUUUGGCAGCGAGCCGGACCACUGGAAGAAGGAGGACGACUUUGACAAGCCGCCUGCGUUGGACGACUUUCAGAAGGAUCCGGUCGCGGCGCUGACGAAGGGGUUUGGCUGGUUGGGCGCGAGCGUGAGUAAGGCGGGGAAGACGGGAUACGAGGGGUGGGUAAAGCCCGGUAUGGCGAAGCUUGCAGAAGCAGACCUUGCCUCGCAAGCACGCCAAACCGUCGGCGUUGUUGGCCAGGGCCUCCAGACCGGCGUCGCAACCGCUGGCACCACAUUCAACCGCUUCGUCGAGGGGUCCGACGGCCCCGCAUCCUCCUCCCGCUCGCGCGCCGAGCCCGAGAAGAAAGACUUCUGGGACAGCUUCGGCGCGCCGCCUGCUGGGCCGGCGGCAGAUAAGAAGGACUUUUGGGACGAGUUCUCGAACGUGGGUGGGCAGGCUGCAGCAGGCGCGAAGAAGCCGAGCGGGAUUGGGACGAGCGCGAUGAAGAAGCCCGCUACGAAGAAGGAGGAAGAGUGGGGGGAUUGGUAAGGAGAUGGUGAAUGAGGCUGCAUGGGUGGAGUUUUGGAGUAGGAGGGUGGGCGAUUGUAAUGUAUACAAGGUCUGGAUGUCUCCUUUUGAUGUGGAAUGUCAC